CGUCGCGUUCCAAUGACGUCAGGAGAACCGAACAGACUAGAGAAGCAUAGUCAAUUAUCUGAAGAGGCUGGGUUUAUAGCCGUGUAACACAGUGACCGAGGUACUGAAAUCCGGUUAUGGCGUUAAGGUGUCUGAGGAACGUUACGCCUAUGCUACUGCAACUGAGAUCCGUUGGAGUGGCAGAGCUACCAGUAGUACAAUGCCACAAAAAUCCACAUAUCACCUUUCUGAGCAGACACCUUGCUACCAAGAAAAGCAAAACCAAAAGUAAAGCACAGUCUCAAACCAGAAUAAAUAUAAAUUCAUCUUUAGUUGAAGACAUCAUUAACUUGGAAGACGUUAAGCAAGAAAUGAGAAAUGUGGUUGACAAUCUUAAAGAAGAUUUUAACAAAAAUCUUAGUAUUAGAACCUCCACAGGAGCUUUUGAUCACAUCAAUGUGACUACAAAAGAUGGAAAAUUUCCAUUAAAUCAGUUGGGACAAAUUUCCUUGAAAUCUCCUCAGUUAUUUAUAAUUAACAUGGCGGCUUUUCCAGAGAGUGCUGCUGCAGCUGUGAAUGCGUUAAGAGAUAGUCGUAUGAACCUAAAUCCAGAACUCGAUGGAACAAUAAUCCGUGUGCCGGUUCCGCAAGUGACAAGAGAACACAGGGAGAACUUAUGCAAGCUUGCGAAACAGCUCACCAACAAGGCCAAAGAUUCUCUACGUAGGGCCCGCUCCAAUGCUAUUGUGGAAGUCAAAAAAUCCAAAGGCGAAGUGUCAGAGGAUACAAUUAAACUACUUGAAAAACAGAUCCAGCAGAUAGCUGAUGAUAUAGCGGCAGAAAUGGACAAACAGUUGGCAGCCAAGACAAAAGAACUUUUGAAUUAAGACAAGUGAAAUAAACUAAUUAAAAAUGGCAUUCACUUCUUAUCUUCUAUGGGACUAAGAGACUUGAGUGUUCUCUUGAAUGGGAAUAAAGGAGCAAUCAUGCAGUGCACAAUCUAAGUCAUAUAAA